AAAGACCCCCCCCCCCCUCCUCUAAUCCACUCCUUACGCAAAUUAACCUUUAUACGUUAUGUGACUGCUUGGAAAGAGGUUGGACAUCAGAAACCUUAGAGGGGAAACAGAAGCAGACUGUUGUGGAUAUCAUCGACCACCAUGGCUUCCACACCCUCCACCUCAGCCUUAUCUGCUGUUCUCCGGUGUCGCGGAAAUAUCUGGACCAGGAAUCCGCCGACCAAGCGGCCUGCCACCUCUGCGUACAGCCUCGGCCUGGCCGGCGGCUCGCCAGCUGAGCGCGCCCGGUCAAACCAGGCGACAGCGUGGGAGGCUUUCCUGCAAGGAGACCGUGUUCUGGUGGGAAGAAGACUGACUGUGACGUAUAAGUCGCCACCCCGGGUGAAGGACAAAGAUUGCAGGGAAAUUAAUAAAUUAUGUCACCCAAAACUUUCGCAAUCCGCACGGGACGCGCGCUCAGCUGUGCCCAGUGUCCAAAACGCGCUGGUGCGUCAGCUGGCACGUAGACUCACAUCUAACCUGCCCGGAAGAGACAAAUGCUCUCAAAUCAUUCAAAAGAUUAAAUACAAAACAUAUGCUACACACAUCUGUCAAAUAAUAUGUGUUCAGGAGACCAGUGAUUUCCCAGCUGGCGUUUUGAAAGUGUCCAUUAUGUCUCCAUGUUUGGUGGGAAAUGAAGGACAAAUCCCGUCUUUCGUGAUAACUGGCUGGUCAACACUGAAGAGCACCUGUUUGUCUUUGACAGCUCUGGUUUCAGAGUUUAUGUUGUUGAAGCUGGCGGUGUUGUGGAUAUCCAGCAGCAGCCCUGAUGAUACACAGCAAAACAUCAGAAAUAAUACCCUGCAGGCAAAUGGACACAUCCACAGCCCCACUGACCUCAUUUCCUCCAAGGAGAACUCUGGACAAAUGAUCCCAGAGGACAGACCUGACUGAGAGUCCAAGGCCUCGGCACCAAAAAUACACACUGUGAUCUAACCUUAUUUAUUGACUUUACUUUGCUUUCACAAUACACAAAGCACAUUUGGACUUCAACCCAGUCAUAAAAGCUGUUUUUAGAGAAUUUGUUUUGCUCUGAGGAAAAGUAAGCCAUACUGAAAGAAGUACAGGGGAAACAUGAAACGCUGUUCUAGUACCUAUGCCGCCUGGUGGAUAUCUAAAAUAAUGGCAGUGCAUUUUAUUUUCAAUAUUACCCUGUAUGUUUUGUACAAAAGCUUAUUUUGCAAAUCAUCUCACCAAAUGGAAAUAUUCAAGUCUGAGAAAAAAACUAUAAAUGUGGAAUACUUAUUCCUUCCACUUGUGUUUUUAAGAUGUUUGAUUGUUUUUUUUUCAAUGUGCAAUAUUUUGGACUAAAAAUAUAAGCGCCAGUGUUAAGCCACUUGCAUAAUGCACUUUCCACCUUUUUUUUAAGGAUGAGCUGUACAAAGUCAUGAUGGAAGAAUGAAUUUAGAUCCUUUACUUUAGUAAGAAGUAGCAUAACAGCAAUGUAAAAGUACUCUGCCCUGCGUUAAAAAUCUUCACAAGUGAAAGCACUGAAGUAUUAUCAGCAAAAUGAACUGAAAGGAUCACAAGUAAAAGUACUCACUGUGCAGCAGAAUGAUGUCUGUCAGUGUUACAUUAUGAUAUAUGUAAUAUUAGCAGUGGUGGAAAGCAACUAAGUACAUUUAAUUAACUUUU